AUGGAAAAAGUGAAACGUUUCAAAGAAAAUGUGAUUCAAAUGGUAGAUGAUUUUGCGAAUUAUACUGUGCAACCUCGGUUGGUUUAUUGUUUUUUUAGAUUUGAAAGCGGGCCAAGGUGACAAGAUGAUUUCUCAAAAAUUUGACAACUCUCCGAUCAUUUUCCUUCCUGAAUCACCCCAUAUUUUCAAAAUCAAAAAAUGAAAACAUAUUUUGAAAUUUCUCAUCACUUUCAUCUUCAGAAAAAAAAAGUUAUUUACUUGUAGCCAGGAAACAGUUGUUUAGUACCCCCUCCAGGACUUUUCUCUCUUUUUUUCUCACAGGAAAAAUGUGGAUCGAAUUUUUUAAACCGUUCUCAAUCUUUUCUUUUCCUCCAAUAUUUUUGUAGGCUAGACUGAAUCGGAAAAACGAGUUUUUUAGUUUUGCGUUGGGAGAUUAUCCGGUUCUUGCGCAAUAUUUUUGUAAAAAUAUUAUUUUUUUGGUCAUUUUUUAUUGUUAUCAUUCCUCCCAAUUUAUUUAUUUUUCCUCGCAAUUUACGUGACUCAUAAGCAUUUCUAAUUUUUCUUGAAUUAAAAAAAUCUCCAAUUUUCCAGGGCACGAAUCAUGGGUUUACACAACUCCAAACAUGAUCCAACUGAAAUUCUCGAACUAGAGUGUGGUCCAAUUCGAGGUUUGGCUUAUGAACAAAAUGAUGGUCGAAUUGUUGAUGGAUAUCUUGGUAUUCCUUAUGCACAACCACCAAUCAAUGAACUACGAUUCAAAAAACCACAGAAGGCCGAGAAAUGGGAAGAUCCUUUGGAUUGUUUUCAAUUUGGACCAAGAGCUCCACAAAAUGACGAAUUAUUGGGGCAAUUCACAAACUUUGUCGGGAAAAAUGAGGAUAAUUGUUUGACUUUGAAUGUUUUUGCGCCACGAUGGACAUCGGAUGAUUGGGUGAGUACUUUGUACUUUGCUUUCAGAAAAAUAAAAAUGUUUUUUGUAGCCAGAUGGACUUCCAGUAAUGGUGUUUGUUCAUGGUGGAGGAUUUUCAGUUCAUUCGAGUUCGAAUUACGGUAGCGAAUCGAUUGCAAGAAAUUUGUGUGUGAAAGGUUGGAAGGGAUUUUUAGAAUUGGAAAUUCAAAAUUUUUAACAGUUUUUUCCAGAGAAUCUGAAAAUUUCAGCAAAAAAUUUACAAUUUGCCACGUGGUUUUCCAGACAAAUUUUCAAAAUUAAAAUUUCAGUUUUUAUAUAAUAAAGAAUAAAUGAAUAAAUUUUUUAGAAGGUUGAAAUUUUCCAUAUUCGUACGAAAUCAAUCGAAAAAACUAAUCCCGAAAAUUUCAGAUGUCCUCGUAGUUUCGAUAAAUUACCGCCUCGGUGUCCUUGGUUUCUUCUCAACUGGCGAUGAUUUGUGCCCAGGAAAUAUGGGACUUUGGGAUCAAACACUCGCAUUGAAAUGGGUUCAAAAACACAUUGAACAUUUUGGAGGAGAUCGAAAUAAUGUGACUGUUUUUGGGCAGAGUGCAGGUAAAUCUAUCUAUAAUUAAAAGAAAAAAAACAUGGUUUUUAGGCGGUGCUUCAACUGAUUUGCUUUGUCUCAGUCCACACUCUCAAAAUCUUUUCAAUCGCGCAAUUCCAAUGGCUGGAAAUAGUCAAUGUGAUUGGGCGAUUCGAACAAAAGAACAACAGAUUUUGUUGAGUCGCGAAUAUGCGAAAUUUAUUGGAUUCCAGGGAAAUGAGAUGGAUACUGUAGAACUUCUCGAAUUCAUUAAUGAACAACCAUUGUAUAAACUUGAAUUGGGAAUUAAUCCAAAACGUGGAUUCAAGCAUACACCAGCUGGUUUAUUGUAUUUUGUUCCAAUAAUUGAUGGAGAUUUUUUCCCGGAGCCAUUAUCUGAAUUGAGAAAGAAAGCGCCGAAAAAAGCGUAUUUGACGGGAACAACUGAAUUUGAGGGAUUAUUUUUUGUUGCACUUGGUGGAAUUUCGAGAAGUUCUGAAGGUGCAAAGAGAUUUAUGAAGAAAAUUAUAAAAGAAUGUGAUUUUGGGGAUAAAACUGAUGAAGUCAUUGAUGAAGUUCAUGAUUAUUAUUUCAAAAAUCAAAAAGGGCAAAAACAUAAAACUGAACAAGUUGUUAAUUUCAUUGGAGAUUAUUCAAUUAAUUAUGGAACUUGGAAAUUUGUGAACAAAAUGACUGAAUAUGGAAAUGAUGUUUGGUUUUAUCAAUUUGAUUAUUAUAAUCCACAUGGUUUUGGAAUUUUUAAAUGGUUGAUGCCAUUUUUGGGUAACUUUUUUAAUGUGUCCUUUUUAUUUAGGAAAAUAAUUUAAUUAAAUUUUUAGGAUCUACACAUUGCACUGAAAUGCGAUAUAUUUUGGGGAAAGGAUUGAUUUCAAAAUUCCGACCAGAUUCGAGUGACAAAAAAAUGAUUGAAAUAAUGACAACAAUUUUUACAAAUUUCGCAAAAUAUGGUAACCCAAAUAUUGCAAACUGGGAAAAACAUUCAUUGAACUCGCCUUGCAAAUUUUAUCGAAUUGAAUUGGAAAAUCAGGAAAUGGAUGAUAAUUAUCAAGAGAGGCGUGUUGAAUAUUGGGAUAAACUUCAGACAAAAAAUGAGACGAGAAAAUUGCUCUAA